AUGCCGCUCAUAGCCAAAGCCAAAUGCACAAUCAAGAAGCUGACCAAGAAACGGCGUCGUUCAACAGACAUCUUUGGCUCAGACAGAUUCGUUCUCAUGGGCGACAGCAACAGCACCGGCUACGAUCGCCAACAGUACGACGGGCCCAGCGAUGGCACGACCCCAGCACCGACCGUCGCCGCCUUCUCGCCGAAUCAGCAGACAGCUUCGCGAACGAGGAACCAGAAGAGUGUGUUGAUACACCAGAAGUCGCCGUUGUUGGUGUCUACCCCUCCACAAGUGACGAGGACAUUGGCGUACAGCCACCCGUUCAUAAUACCGCUGAACCAUUUCGUGGGCUUGGUGUCAUGGACGACCGAAGACCCGUGGGAGAGCUUUCUGCUUCUGACGCUAUUCUGGUUCGUGGUGCUGUACGGUGACAGCGUGGUGCGAUGGGCGGGUCCGGUGGUUCUGGUGGCUGGAUUGACCUUUGGGAUGUACUCGAGGAGAUACAGUCCGCUAUCCUCGACAGUAUGGAGCGCUUCAAAGCAGAAGCGGAAACGUGCCGAGGACGAACGGCGGAAGAGUUUGGAUGAGAUUCUGGAUACGCUGCAGACCUUCACCGGCCGGUGCGAUGUGCUGCUGGAUCCUUUUCUACGGCUUACGGAAUACCUCAGCACUCAGUCGAGUGCGACAUCCGCGACUACACGGCCGGCUUUGACGACUCUGUUCAUACGGAUACUGGCGUUUACGCCUAUUUGGAUCGCCCUCACACUUCCUCCCUUUCGGAUCAUCACCACUCAGCGCGUUGUACUUGUCAUGGGGACCACUAUUCUCAGCUGGCACAGCCGACCGGCACGAGUUACUCGAACGAUCCUCUGGCGAAGUCGGACAGUGCGCGGUACCGUGGCCCUCAUCACGGGACUACAACUACCUUCAUCAGCUACGCCACCGUCUCUCCCACCGCGACCGCAGGACGCCGCAGCAGUCGCCAAAGCCGGGAAAGCUAAGAGCCCCGGCAUCACGUUCACUUUCUCUGUCUACGAGAAUGAGAGGAGGUGGUGGGGUCUGGGCUGGACCAAGUCUCUGCUAGCGUACGAGCGACAAGGAUACACCGAUGAUCAGCUGAACGAGUGUCCGGAGCCAGAGAAAUACAGCUUGCCGGAGACGGACAACGAAACGACCAAGUGGCGAUGGCUGCCCGACAGCGGUUGGAAAGUCGAAGGCGCGCUGACCGAUAAGGAGAAAUCUGCGAAGCGCGUUGGAGGCGGUGGAGGUGGCGACCGUAGUGGGUGGACGUACUACGACAACAAGUGGGCAGAUGCACAGAAAGAGGAUGGGUGGGGCCGGUAUACAAGACGGCGAAAGUGGAUUCGAGAUGCUGAGCUGGUCGAGGUUGACCCUGCCGAGACGGUUACUGCAGACGCACCCAGCACGAAGGACUUUGCCGAAACCACAUGUAUUGACGCCACACCCACGACGCCUACGCGACAACGCAAAGGCUGGUUCGGCGCCGGUAACACGAGCGCAGGAGGGUUCAAGAAGCCGCCUCGGCAGAGCGAGAAGAACAAGUCCGUCGACAGCGUCUCAAUCUCCGGUAGUGUCGAGAGUACGAGAUCGCGAGGAAGUGCGGCGGAGGAGGAUGUGGUCACGCCGCUUGAUCGGUUCAAGCAGUAUGAUUGGGAUCGGAGUAUUAACGAGGGGUUGACGGAGCAGUUGAGUUGA